AUGGAGUAUACACCUCGAAGUUCCCAAACCCCCACAGAAACACUGACAAACAAGCAAAAACGGUCAAGCCCAACUUUUCAGAACUCUGGAAAACAGUUAAAGCCAACAAGUCAUGCCAUGCCUGCUGGUUCUCUGCCUACUUCCCAGCCCCUGCUGGUCCUGCAGCCUGGUCAGCGCCUGGCCCACUGGGAGCCUCCGCGCCAGCGCCCCGUGUCGACCGUAGAGGUGGCUAUUGCCCUCGUGGUGUUUUUUACCGCCUUCUUAACCCCCAGGUAUGUGCUAAGCAAUAUGAACCAGUUCUGA